CAUCUUCAACAAUCAAAAUACAUGUACUGAGACACCAUGGACUGGUUUUCAUGGCUCUCCAAAACUAGCCUUGACCCUUCUCUUCUUUAUGACUAUGCUAUUAUUUUUGCUCAUAAUCAACUUGAUCAAGAUGAUAUAGAAUAUUUCAACCAUGAAUUUCUCCAAAGUAUGGGAAUUUCAAUAGCCAAACAUAGGCUAGAAAUCCUCAAGCUUGCUACUAAGGAAAAGGGCAGAAGAAGCUCAAGAAAACAUAUCUUUUGGUUAGUUGUAGCUAUCAGGCAAGCAAAACAACAUUUUACCAAAAGCUUUAGCACGUGGACUCGUCGGUCAGAUUCAAGUGCCUUGCUGCCUCUGAGAAAUUGCAGUUCAAGAUGGAAAGCAUCUAUGUUGAAGAGGAAAAAGAAGCUAACUGCAGCUAAACAAGAAAGGCCAGUAAUGCAGAGUAUUAAUGCUACUACUAAUCAAGGAAGGUUGAUGAUGCUCACAAAUGGGAGUCCCAAUCUCAUGAUAGAUUCUUCUGAUGCCUGGAUUAGCAGCCCUUCAAGCUCCACUGCUGAGGAUUUUCGCGAUGAUGAAGACAUGGACGGCGUUGAUGGUGGAAACUGGCCAACUGUUGCUAUUGAAGAGAUUAAGUGGGAUGCAAUGUUUCAAGACUUGAAACCUACCUGAGUUGAUUGAACUCUCUCUAAUAUACCUUAGUUAAUUUAUACUCAUGCUUUUUCUUCCUCUAGAUACCUUGAACUUUCAAGUGUUUUUGGGAAUUAUUGCAUUAUAAUUUUCUGAAUUCUUUGUCUAUAAGCAACAGAAUGCAGAGUUUUAACUUUUAUCAUACUGAACUUCAUAUCCAAGUUGAUUAUUAUGGUUUCUCAAAAAGAAUCAUGGUAAUUAAACCUUA